UGUCUAUCGGUAGGACGUGCAGCUACAAACUAUUGCGACAGAUUUUUGACAUCGUCCACAACUAAAGAAAUAAUCACGUGAUUAAUCACGUGACAACAAGCAUGUCCAAACGUUCUUCUUCCCGUGUGGCGUCGUCUGCAGCCAAAAGGACAAAGGAAGAAGAGGAGAAACGUUUGAAAUUUGAUUUAAGCUGGAAUUAUGUCGGAGACGGGUCUCCUGCAGCCUUGAUUUUCUUGGACGGACCUUCUGCUGCAGCAAAUGCCAAAAAGGUUGCAGCUUUUGACUUGGACUCUACGGUCAUUAAGACUGCCAGCGGAAAGAAGUUUCCUACCAGUACAAGCGACUGGCAAUUCUUCGACGAUUGUGUUCCUACAAAGUUACGUUCUCUUCACAAGCAAGACACAAGAAUCGUUAUCUUCACUAACCAAUCAGAAAUCGAGAAAAAGAAAGUAACAGUCAACGACCUUUGUCAAAAAUUUGAAAGCAUCAUUAAUGAACUCGACAUUCCCGUCCAACUGUUUAUGUCCACAGGAUACAAUCAAUACCGCAAACCCAGCACAGCCAUGUGGGAUUAUUUCGUAUCUCAUUGUUGUCCCAACGUCUCGAUUGACGUCUCAAACUCGUUUUUUGUGGGAGACGCAGCUGGAAGGCCAAAGAAUUGGAAGCCAGGCGUCUCAAAGGAUUUCUCAGCUUCAGAUCGAAUGUUUGCUGCAAAUAUUGGACUGCAGUAUUACACGCCUGAAGAGUUCUUUCUUGGAGAGAGUAAAGUUACGGACUUCGAAUGGAGACGUCCUCAACCGUCCACAUUCAUGCAGAAACACAGCGAAACUAUGAAAGACUUUCAGCGUCAGACUCAGGAAAUGGUGUUGCUCAUCGGUCGUCCUGCCUCUGGAAAGUCAACAUUCUCACGUCGUCAUUUACAGCCACAUGGAUACAUUAAUAUCAGUCGUGAUACCCUCACUACCCAAUCAAAGUGUUUACAAGCUGUUGAUGAGGCACUUAAAAACGGAAAGAGCGUCGUAGUUGAUAACACCAACCCUUCCCAGUCAGCAAGAUCUGAAUACAUAAAGAUUGCCAAGAAGUCGAAAAUCCCCGUUCGAUGUUUGGUGUUCACAACUGGUCGUGAGUUGUCAGACCAUCUCAACUACUAUCGUAUGUACCAGACGGAAGGCAAGGAGAGAAGGAUACCAGACGUUGCGUUUCGAGUUUACGAGAAAUAUUACAAGGAGCCUGAGUUAACUGAAGGAAUAACGAAGAUAGAACACGUCAAUUUCAUUCCUCAGUUUGACAGCAAGAGAGACGAGGAUUUAUUCAAGAAGUGGGCAAUGUAGAUCGCAGGCAUACUCGUCACACAUUCCCACUGCUCGUCUCUAACUGGUAUAUACCAUAUGCCUCGUGCAAACUGGAAACUCAGUUACAAAGCAUUUUAGCUUGCUCUUUGAGUAUAUAAGUUAUUAGCUACGAAUACAACGAAUUCAGUUUCA